CCGGACAAGGCGUUCUCGCCUGCACAAGGACUCUAGAGAACAGUGGAAACUGCAGCCAAAGAGGGGUCCGCAGGUCAACCUCUGGCGCUGCUGUCCGCAGUCCCUUCCGGGAAGGCCGAGCUGCCCCUGCCGGCUGCGCCUUCCGCAGGCUACGCGGGGUCGGGGUCGGCAGGCGGCCACGCCCUCAGAAAGCUGCCGCCUGGACUAGAUUACUCGGGCGAAAGUGGAUGUGCUACUGCGCUGACCACUUUAAAAACUGGAGUGCCGGCAGGAAGCCAGGUCGGGCCAACCCCGUCAGCCUUUCCGCAGGCCCCGCCCCGGCGCCCGGCUCUGACGUCACUGCCUGCGCCGCGCGCUGCAGAAACAGGAAGUGGGAUCAAAACAAAGGAUCGACGGCCGGGAGCCGACCUACCUCUCGUCGUCUCCUUGCUGCGCGCGUCCGGGCCCUGACCGCCCACCACAAGGAGCGGCUAAGUAUGUCCAACAUGGAGAAACACCUGUUCAAUCUAAAGUUCGCGGCCAAAGAACUGGGCAGAAGUGCCAAAAAAUGCGAUAAGGAGGAAAAGGCUGAAAAGGCCAAAAUUAAAAAGGCCAUCCAGAAGGGCAACAUGGAAGUUGCGAGAAUACACGCCGAAAAUGCCAUCCGCCAGAAGAAUCAGGCAGUGAAUUUCCUGAGAAUGAGUGCGCGAGUCGAUGCCGUGGCUGCUCGAGUCCAGACAGCGGUGACGAUGGGCAAGGUGACUAAGUCGAUGGCUGGUGUGGUUAAGUCGAUGGAUGCGACAUUGAAGACCAUGAACCUGGAGAAGAUUUCUGCUUUAAUGGACAAAUUCGAGCACCAGUUUGAGACGCUUGACGUCCAGACGCAGCAGAUGGAAGACACGAUGAGCAGCACUACGACACUGACCACUCCCCAGAACCAAGUGGAUAUGCUGCUCCAGGAAAUGGCAGACGAGGCUGGCCUCGACCUCAACAUGGAGCUGCCGCAGGGGCAGACCGGCUCCGUGGGCACAAGCGUGGCUUCGGCCGAACAGGACGAACUGUCCCAGAGACUGGCCCGCCUUCGGGAUCAAGUGUGAUGGCAGUACCCACUCUGAGGUUUCCUAGAUGUAUCCACCCUUUGAAACGCUCUGUAUAUUAGAGAGCUACUAUAUCCUCUUGAAACUGAGCAUGCCAGAAUGCUGACAUGCCCUUCUACCUGUGGGGUUUACAACCCUCUCCAGAUAUAUUAAGAAAUCCCAGCCUUUCUCCACUCCUGACUGGACUUUAAAGUUCUGUAGAGCUUGUGAUGAUGUGUAUUUUUAUAGCUGCCUUUUAACAGAACUAGUUAAUUUGCUGUAAAUGAAUCUUUCUCAAAAAUUUGGUCAAUUCCAGUGUACUAAUUUUUCUGCCCAGAAUUAUCGAAUUGAAGGUGGUGGGAGUUUUUUAUUUAGUGUGAUUGAUAAUAUUUAGAAUGACAGGUGGUGCGUAAAAGUUGAAGACAGGAAUAAUUACUUAGUUUUGUUACAGGACUAUAAACACCUUAUUCAACUUAUUCGGUGGGCAGUACUAUUUCUUUAUAUCCUUUGGGCGUUUUUUGGUUUUUGCUAUCAAAAUGAGACCUCAUUUGACUGUUCUCAUAACUUAUACAAAAUCCGAUCUUAUAAUAUAUUAAAAUUACCCUAAGACAUUUUUGCAUAAUACUCUGCUUCUGUAAAUUUUUCAUGUGCUAAUUGUCUUUGUGUAACUAGAGGGGGUAAAUGCCACUAAUUUUAUAUGGUAGAAAAAAUUCUGUUCAUUUAUAUUUUCCACUUAAAAGAAAUUGCUGAAGAGACUUAGAAGGUGUAACAUUUGACAGUGUCUUUCAUACAAACUUCUCUAGCACAUUUCUAGUUAUUUUCCUAUUUCAACACUUUAAUUAGACUACUUCUAAAGUAUAUUAAUUAGCAUGCAGUCAUGUUACUCUAACAUUGCCAAAGAACUGUUGAUUAGUUUGGGGAAACCCUUGGGAUUCUGGGCAUAGGUUUUGUUUUUUACAACCCAAAAUAGAAACAGUACUGCAUUUUAAGUUCUAGUUAUUUGCGUUUGCUAACUUGUCUGAAAGUAACAUCUCUUUAAAACCCUUGAAAAUAUAAUUUGGAAUGUUUUACUUAGCUAUGCAAAUAACUUAAAUAUCCAGCCAGCCAGCUGGAAAUCUGGGAAGAAGGAAAACAGUAGGCUUGGAAGGAAAGAGACAGGCUUGACUCUGUUAAGAUGGGAGCCCAGGACGGUGCCUGUGGCUCAGUGAGUAGGGCGCCGGCCCCAUAUACCGAGGGUGGUGGGUUCAAACCCAGCCCCGCCAAACUGCAACAAAAAAAUAGCCGGGCGUUGUGGUGGGCGCCUGUAGUCCCAGCUGCUCAGGAGGCUGAGGCAAGAGAAUCACAUAAGCCCAAGAGCUGGAGGUUGCUGUGAGCCGUGUGACGCCAUGGCACUCUACCAAGGGCAGUAAAGUGAGACUCUGUCUCUACAAAAAAAAAAAAAAAAAGAUGGGAGCCCAGCUGUUCCCCAGCAGUCUUCUCAGGAGGACAUUGUUACCUGGCUAAAAAGUAAGGCAUGUGGCCACAUCUGUGUAGCCUCAAAACCUGAAAAACUGCAACUUACUUUUGCAUUGGCAAGUAUAUAAAACUAAGUUUCCUAAGUUUGUUGUUUUUAUUAAUUCCCCCUUUCCUUCACUGGAAGAUUUUUUUUUUUUUUUUUUUGAAACAAGAGUCUCACUCUGUUGCCCUAGGUAGAGUGCUAUGGCAUCAUAGCUCACAGUAACCUCAAACUCUUGGGCUCAAGUAAUCCUCUUGCCUGAGCCUUCCAAGUAGCUGAGACUACAGGCGCCCACCACAGUGCCCAGCUAUUUUUUUUUUUUAAGAGACGAGAGUCUUACUUUGUCACCCUCCGUAGAGUGCCAUGGCGUCACACUGCUCACAGCAAUCUCCAACUCCUGGGCUUAGGCAAUUCUCUUGCCUCAGCCUUCCCAGUAGCUGGGACUACAGGUGCCCACCAGAAUGCCCUGCUAUAUUUUUGUUGCAGUUUGGCCGGGGCCGGGUUUGAACCUACCACCCUAAGUAUAUGGGGCUGGCACCCUACUGACUGAGCCACAGGCACCGCCCACACUGGAAGAAUUAUAUAAAAGAAUUCCAGUGUUUCAGAAAAUAAUUAUAGGGAUCUUCUAAGUUCUUGGAAAGUUUCAUAACCAAGUAUUUGCCAUUAUAUGUUUUCUAGGGUGAAUGAGUGUUAAAAACAAAAAAAAAACAGGUGUAUGCAGUUGAGGACUAACCGUCAUGCUUAAGGUUUUCUUUACUAUUUGUGUGUUGUUCAGAAGAAGUCUGCUUUAAGGGACAUUUGUUGGUUGUCUGCCCAGCAUCUUCUCUCAAAAGCACCUUUCUAGAAUGUCAUGCUCUUCUCACCCACAUGGUCUCACAGAGGCAGCCAUCUGUGAGUACAGUGUAGUCUAAUCCCUCUUUAGACUUGAAAAAAAAUAAUUACAACAAAGAAAAAGCUUUAUAUUGAGUCCUUUGGCAAACUGAAGACCCUUUAACAGUGCAAAUAUUCCCAACAAAAUUAUAUUUUGUGAAAUUAAUGCUUGUAUAUGCUUGAACUUUCUUAAAAUACAUUCAUUGUGCACUAUAUGAAUGUACAUUUUUAUGAGUUAUAAGUAUUUUCAAAAGCACUAAAGGCCCAUAAAUAAUUUCAUCAGUUUUGCACUUGAUGAAAUGCAAAUGCUGAUGUAAAUCACAGAAAUUUGUCAAAUAAAUCAUUUUAAACUGCA